ACGACAGCUAAAAGCCCAAGCCUCCAAGACUUCUAAUACGACUCUCCGCCCGGAACAGGAAGGACAACUGCGUCUCCUCUCGACAAUGUCUACACAGUAGCGUGUGGCGAUCAUCGAGUUCUCUUGGCGUCCACAUAACUAUCUGUGUAGAUGCAGAUCAACCUCAGCCACAUCUAAGACACGCGUGGUCAGCCUCCUUUGCCCCUCAGCAUCUCCCAACACCGGGAACGAACAUCAUCAGCAACUGAAGUGUCCAACCCAAGAGGCAUCAUGAAGCUCCACCUCGUGCUCGCCUGCCUCCUGCUCAGGGCCACCACGUCAGCCGGGCAGGCAUCCCCAGGCCUGCCGAUGGUCAUCAACACGUGGGGCGGGCCCUUCACAGCAGCCACCGACACGGCCUACCUGUCGCUGGUGGCGACCUCCGCGUCCGCCCUCGACGCCGUGCAGAUCGGCUGCGCGACGUGCGAGCGCAACCAGUGCGACGGCAGCGUCGGCUACGGCGGCUCGCCCGACGAGAACUGCGAGACCACCCUCGACGCCAUGAUCCAGGACGGCACAACCAUGAAGUCCGGCGCUGUGGCGGGGCUCCGGCGCGUCAGGGACGCCAUCGCCGUCGCCCGCCUCGUCCUCGACUACACGGACCACACCCUGCUCGCGGGCGACCUGGCGACCGACUUUGCGGUGGGCUUCGGCGGGUUCAAGGAGGAGAACCUGACCACGGCCGACAGCGCGGCGCGGUGCGGCGAGUGGAGGGCCGCCGGGUGCCAGCCCAACUACAGGGCUGGGGUCGUGGUGCCGGACGCGACGACGUCGUGUGGGCCGUAUGCGCCUGCUGCGCCGAGCGGCGCCGCCAAGUCGACCGUCGCGACCAGGGAGGUGGAGCUCAAGACGAGGAAGCCGUCGGCCGCGUACGGGACGUCGGCGGGGAUGUCGCACGACACCAUCUCCAUGAUCGCGAUCCACGUGGACGGGACGAUGGCCGCCGGCACGUCGACCAACGGCGCAUCGCACAAGGUCCCCGGGCGCGUGGGCGAUGGUCCGAUCACUGGGAGCGGCUCGUAUGUCGAUGGUGAUGUGGGCGGGUGCGGCGCGACCGGUGACGGCGACAUCAUGAUGCGCUUCCUGCCUUGCUACCAGGCCGUCGAGAGUAUGAGGAGGGGCAUGACGCCCCAGGAGGCCGCGGAGGAUGCUGUGUCGCGCAUGAUCAGGAAGUACCCCGAGGCGGCUACCGGCAUUGUGGUCGUCAACAACCAGGGUGAGCACGGCGGGGCGGCAUCUGGGUGGACUUUCACAUAUGCAUACAGAGGGGGAACGAUGAAUGGCACCGAGGUUGUUACGGUGUCACCGUUGUCCACAUAAAUACGUGUAUAUAUACAAGUACGCCGAUAACAUCUUACAAGGCGAUUAUUUUACGA